ACAUUGAUGGAUUCCACCACAGCGACAGCCGAGCUCGGCUGGACGGUGCACCCGGUUUCAGGGUGGGAGGAAGUGAGCGGCUACGACGAGAACAUGAACACCAUCCGGACGUACCAAGUUUGCAACGUCUUCGAAUCCAGCCAGAACAACUGGCUACGGACCAAAUACAUCCGCAGGCGGGGUGCCCAUCGGAUUCACGUGGAGAUGAAGUUCUCCGUCCGCGAUUGCAGCAGCAUCCCCAACGUGCCGGGGUCUUGUAAGGAAACCUUCAACCUUUACUACUACGAGUCGGAGUUUGACGGCGCCACCAAGAGCUUCCCCAGCUGGAUGGAGAACCCUUGGGCCAAGGUGGACACCAUCGCGGCCGACGAGAGCUUCUCCCAGGUCGACCUGGGCGGGCGGGUGAUGAAGAUCAACACCGAAAUCCGGAGUUUCGGGCCCGUCUCCAAAAAUGGAUUUUAUUUGGCCUUCCAAGAUUACGGGGGUUGCAUGUCUCUGAUUGCCGUCCGCGUCUUUUACCGCAAGUGCCUACGCGUCAUCCAGAACGGCGCCAUCUUCCAAGAGACGCUGUCUGGCGCGGAGAGCACCUCUCUGGUGGCAGCCAGGGGCACGUGCAUCCCCAACGCCGAGGAGGUGGAUGUGCCCAUCAAACUGUACUGCAACGGCGACGGCGAGUGGCUGGUGCCCAUCGGGCGCUGUAUGUGCAAGUCCGGUUACGAGUCGGUGGAGAACGGCACCGUCUGCAGGGCUCCGUCGGCGAUCUCCAUCAUGCAUCAAGUCAGCCGGAUGGUGGACAGCAUCACCCUCUCGUGGUCUCAGCCGGACCAGCCCAACGGGGUCAUCUUGGAUUAUGAGCUCCAGUAUUAUGAGAAGGACCUGAGCGAGUUCAAUGCCACGGCGGUGAAGAGCUUCACCAAUACGGUGACGGUGCCAAACCUCAAGGCCGGAACCAUUUACGUCUUUCAGGUGCGAGCUCGCACAGUGGCCGGCUACGGACGCUACAGCGGGAAAAUGUACUUCCAGACGAUGACGGAAGCCGAGUACCAAACCAGCAUCCAGGAGAAACUGCCUUUGAUUAUCGGUUCCUCGGCUGCAGGGCUGGUCUUCCUCAUCGCCUUGGUGGUUAUCAUCCUGGUUUGCAACAGACGGCAUGGGUUUGAGCGCAACGACUCGGAGUACACCGACAAGCUGCAGCAUUACACCAGCGGCCACAUUACUCCGGGGAUGAAAAUCUACAUCGAUCCCUUCACCUACGAGGAUCCCAACGAAGCCGUCCGGGAGUUUGCCAAGGAGAUUGACAUCUCCUGCGUGAAAAUCGAACAGGUGAUCGGGGCAGGAGAAUUUGGCGAGGUCUGCAGUGGCCACCUGAAGCUGCCGGGCAAAAGGGAGUCCUUCGUAGCCAUCAAGACCUUGAAAUCGGGCUACACCGAGAAACAGCGGCGGGACUUCCUGAGCGAAGCCAGCAUCAUGGGCCAGUUCGACCACCCCAACGUCAUCCGCCUGGAGGGGGUGGUGACGAAGAGCCCCCCCGUGAUGAUAGUCACCGAAUUCAUGGAGAACGGCUCCUUGGAUUCCUUCCUCCGGCAAAAUGACGGGCAGUUUACGGUCAUCCAGUUGGUGGGUAUGCUCAGAGGCAUCGCGGCUGGCAUGAAGUACCUGGCCGACAUGAACUACGUCCACCGCGACUUGGCCGCCCGCAACAUUUUGGUGAACAGCAACCUGGUUUGCAAAGUCUCCGACUUCGGUCUCUCCCGCUUCUUGGAGGACGACACCUCGGACCCCACCUACACCAGCGCUCUGGGUGGGAAGAUUCCCAUCCGUUGGACGGCACCCGAAGCCAUCCAGUAUCGAAAGUUCACUUCUGCCAGCGACGUGUGGAGCUAUGGCAUCGUCAUGUGGGAAGUAACGUCCUAUGGAGAGAGGCCGUAUUGGGACAUGACCAACCAGGACGUAAUCAAUGCGAUCGAGCAAGACUAUCGAUUACCACCGCCCAUGGACUGUCCGAGCGCUCUCCAUCAGCUCAUGCUGGACUGCUGGCAGAAGGACCGCAACCACCGGCCGAAAUUCGGACAGAUUGUCAACACCCUAGACAAGAUGAUCCGAAACCCCAACAGCCUGAAAGCCAUGGCACCCCUUUCCUCAGGGAUUAAUCUUCCUUUGCUGGACCGGACCAUUCCAGAUUAUUCUACUUUCAAUACCGUCGACGAGUGGCUGGAAGCCAUCAAGAUGGGCCAGUACAAAGAGAACUUUGCCAGCAACGGCUUCUCCAGCUUCGCCUUGGUUUCCCAGAUGACGAUGGAAGAUAUCUUGAGAGUCGGAGUGACGCUGGCCGGACACCAGAAGAAGAUCCUGAACAGUGUCCAGGUGAUGCGGACGCAGAUGAGCCAGAUCCAGUCUGUGGAAGUUUGA